GAAUGCUGUGGGCACUCUUUUUCCUGGUGACUACUGUUCACGCUGAACUCUGCCAUCCAGAUGCAGAAAAUGCCUUUAAAGUAAGAAUUAGCAUCAGAACAGCUCUUGGAGAUAAAGCAUAUGUCUGGGACACGGAUGAAGAAUAUCUCUUCAGAGCAAUGGUGGCAUUCUCCAUGAGAAAAGUUCCCAACAGAGAAGCAACAGAAAUUUCCCAUGUCCUGCUUUGCAACAUAACCCAGAGGGUGUCAUUCUGGUUUGUGGUCACAGACCCUUCCAAAAAUCAUACUCUUCCUGCAGCUGAAGUACAGUCAGCCAUAAGAAUGAAUAGGAACCGGAUCAACAGUGCAUUCUUUUUGGAUGAUCAUACUCUGGAAUUUUUAAAAAUUCCUUCCACUCUUGCACCCCCAAUUGAUCCAUCUGUGCCUGUUUGGAUUAUUGUAUUUGGUGUGAUAUUUUGCAUUGUUACAGUUGCAAUUGCACUACUGGUUCUAUCAGGAAUCCGGCAACGCAGAAGGAACAACAAAGGACCACCUGGAGUGGAGGAUGCAGAAGAUAAAUGUGAAAACAUCAUCACAAUUGAAAACGGCAUCCCUUGUGAUCCCUUGGACAUGAAGGGAGGCCACAUUAAUGAUGGCUUCUUGACUGAGGAUGAGCGCCUCACCCCUCUCUGAGAGUGACAAUCUUAUAAGAAAUAUUCAAGAUGCUUGAAAGUGGUAGACACCAAAUUAUAUCCACAAAGAGCACUGAAAUGAUAAGGUGUUGGCUCUCAAUAUAUUCUAGAAUUUUCUUUUUGAUAACUGAAUA